GGACACGAGGGGUCUUCUUGUAUACUUCUUUUUCUUUCAAUAUUUCUCGUCUAUCUCUUUGGAAUAGAACAUGGAUCUAUGAUCUGUUCUGCCGUUUAAUUGUCGUUGUUCAUCCUUGUGUUUUCACUGCUGAAGCAUCUUUUUUCUCCCGUUUGUAGCACGAGGCGUCGUGGAAGAUGCUGCGGAUUGAGUCGUUACAUUUCUCACUUUUCAUUAUCCGGUGACAUUCCAGUCUAAAAUAAAUAGCAUCAUGUUUAUUCUCACAACCAUCUCCGACCUAGUCCAAAUUUCCCCUGAGGACUUUUCAAAACUUAGCGCGGUUGCAAUCGAGGAUAAUAUUAAUGAGAAAUAUGCUAAUAAGGUCAUCCAAAAUGUUGGCCUAUGCAUCAGUUUUUACGACUUGCUCGAGUCCUCUGAUGGCCUGAUUGGACAUGGCACUGGCCUUGUCAAUGUCAAUGUUAAAUUUCGAUUAAUUGUCUUCCGACCCUUCAAGGGCGAGAUUAUCCUGGGGAAAAUCACCAGUGGAACAGAGAACGGCAUUAAAAUCAGCCUUGAAUUCUUCAAUGAUAUCUUUAUACCCCCCAGCCUUUUACUGGACGGUGCUAGAUUCGACUUCGCCGACCAAGUCUGGAUCUGGGAUAACGGCGAAGGCGCAAUUUUCUACUUUGACAUUGGCGAGACGGUGCGCUUUCGAGUUGAGGCGGAGGAGUGGCAUGACCAGAUCCCAGACGCGCCUGAUGAUCAGGAAGGUGGGGCGGUUAUGGAGAGGAAGCCGCCGUAUUCUAUUAUUGGGUCUAUGCAGAUUGCGGGCCUGGGACUCGUUGCCUGGUGGUCAUAAGGAUUGCAGGUUCUAUAUGACUUGAUGGGACUGCAUAAGGGAUGAAACGGAUAUAAAAAUGAUUGCGAAUCCCCUGCACGGGAUUGUUCGAUUGAGCGUUUUUCGUUUUUUAUGUGAUGUUAUUGAGUCCUUGUUCGCUAGAAUAUUCCUUUAGCUAUAUGCUCUACUAAAACUUUCCCUCUAGAUAAUUUUAGGUCCAGUUUUAUGCGAGAUAUAGAACAUCUAAUAUACGACCCUAUUUUAGUAGGACGAUUAUCUCUAUACGUUUUCACAAAUUUUCCCGCGCCCACUCCUCCGCCGUCAUCGCAUGAAUCCCCUUCCGGAAAUUCCACGUCUCCUCCAAAUCCCACGCAACACCCUUCCCCGCCCCAAAAACAGCAUAGUACUUCAACAACGCAUUAUCGGGCUCCCUCUCCAACCUCUCCAGAACCUGCGGAACCGUCAAAACCGAUCUCUCAACUUCCCUCCCCGUAACCUUCACCACCAAAUCGGCCACCUGCGCAUAACUUAGCGUAUCCCCACCGACAAACACAGGCCCAUUAGCGCCCAGCAACCCGUCAUCGCCCAACACGAUCUCAGCUGUUAAUCUACCAAUAUCCGCCGGCGCGGUGACAGUCACCCGAUUCUCCCACCCGCCCAGCGCCCGCACCCUCGCACUCUCCCCCCUUGGUGCCGGCAGAUCCACAACGCCAAACCCCGCCGCGAACAAGAAACUCGUAAACAUCCCCGUGGACACCACGGUCCACCGCGUCGUCUCCUGCGCGCGCAGCAGCCCGCGCACAUCUAGCUGCUCGUCGAAGAGGUCGUGCGCGGAGCCGCGGCCGAUGGCGUCGUAGUCCACGCCGAACUGCCAGGGGAUGUAGAAGGGGACGCCGGCGGCGAGGACGGCGCGGGUUAUUUUCAGCUGGGCGCCGGGGCCCGCGACGAAGCCGGCGCAGCUGAUUAUGAGGUCGUAGGGGCGGAAGAGGGCGGUGAGGGUUUCGGGGGAGUCGGCGGCAAUGUCGCCUGGGACUAGGGAUAUUGGGGGGUUGUUGGGUGCUGUGAGGGAUUGGAGGAGGGCGGCGAGGGGGGGUUGUUUUGGGGAUGCGAUGCUGCUUGGGCGGAGGAGGAGGGAGAGGGAGGGUUUGUUAUUGGUGCGGGUGGGGUGGUGGAUGAGGGAGUGCAGGACGGCGGUGCCCAGUUCGCCAGCGCCGAUUAGGAGGAUGUUGGUGGGUGGCAUGGCGAGGAGGAGUGGAUGGAGGGUUUGAGAGAUAUCUUAAUUAUGCCUGGAUCUUAUUGUAUGACGGCUUAAAACCCUUCAUCUAUCCCUCUGAUCACGGCAUUGUCUGUAUAUAUAUAUAUAUAUAUAUAUAACAGGAUUGACUAACUCCGCCAAAGUCCACCACAUUGACGGAGUUAGGGAGCGUGUAAUUCCGUGGCCAGGAGUCUGCACUACAUACCGAGCUCAUACGGCGGUCAGCACUGUUAAUCCAACCAGCAACUACUCAGUAACUACAUAUUAUCAUCUUGUAACUACAUGCGAGAUUGCACAGAUAUCAAUAUCAAGCCCUGUUCUCGUCAGCUGGGACUACCAAGUCUUCUACAACAUCAGAAUGACUCCUUUCAAUGAAUGAAAUGCCUUUUAAUGCCAACAACAACAAACCUGAUGAUAAAUAACUAUGACAUCAUUGUC